AUGAGCCCAAAUCCGAUCAUUUUCGCAGACGACGAGAAUUUAAACUCAAUGGGAUAUAGCAACAAACAACAACUCCAAAAUGAAAAUGUAAAGACACCUGGAUUUAAGUUGAAGGAUGAAAAUAGCAAAUCAAUACCAGGAGGUAACAAAAAACUAUCUAUCAAGCAAGCACCUAUCCAAAAAAAGCCUGUUGCUAGGGUGCCAUUAGGGGGAAAAGACCAAAACAAGUCUUUUCCAACUCUCAAUAGAUCUCAAUCAAGUUUCAGUGGAAUAAGUAGGGAACAACUUCAUCAAAAAAAACAUUCAAUUUCUAAACAACCAAAACUAUUGAAAUCAAAUUCUUCUUUAGGCUUCUCAACUCUCGAUGAUCUCGCUUCUGCUAACAGUAAUGUAACAGUCAGUGAUGAAGCUUUCGUCAAAGAAAAUAGUGCUCCACAACUUCAAGUGCUUCCAUCCGGAAUUCUAGAUCUGAGAAAAGCUGCAAGAGAGGUAAAGUUAAUAAGGCGAGGCGAUACGGACAGUUUGGUUAAGCACGAUCCUAAUGUACUUUUUAAACCAACUAGUCUGCUUUUGUCUACGUUUUCUAAGAGAACUGAACAAUUGAAUGCAUCUAACAUACUAGAAGAAGUGAAUGCUAGUGGAAAAGGAUGUGAUCCUGUGAAAAGAAUCAUACAGCCAAAAAGGCAAAAAUCUCCUACAGGUAAUAUUUUACCUUCUAAUCGCGCUUUGGCCAAUGUUCCAAGUCAGGUCGCAGAAAAAGGCAGGUCCUUUCACAUUCAUCAAGAUUUACUAGAAUGUGAUGAUGAGAUUGAAAUUGUUCCAGAGAAGCAAGACGCUUUACCAUAUUAUCCUGAUGACAUUGCCCCUUUGAACGAAAAUGAGUUACUCAAGUUGACCAGACCAAAUAUUAUAGCUUCGAAUGGACAAACAUCCAAUGAAAAGUUUGAAAGAUUGAACGACCUUGAUUUCAAUGUUGAACCUCUUGAUAUUGAGGAUCCUAUGGACAUCUCGAUUCAAAUGCAAGAUAAUGAUGAGAACGAUUUAGUGGAUAACCCUCAGAACGAAGUAGAAUUCGGAUUAAAUGUUUCUGAGCUCAACGAUCUAUUAGACUUAUAA